CUCAGUAUUUCUGCAGUAUAAUGGCAGAUGCCAGAAUUUCGGUGGAUCAGAAGGAGUUCAUGUGUUCAGUGUGUCUGGAUCUCCUGAAGGAUCCUGUGGCCAUUCCCUGUGGACACAGUUACUGUAAGAGCUGUAUUACAGACUGCUGGGAUCAGGAGGAUCAGAAGAGAGUCUACAGCUGCCCUCAGUGCAGACAGACCUUCAGUCCAAGACCUGCUUUAGCUACAAACACCAUCCUGGCUGAAGUGGUGGAGAAACUGAAGAAGACCAGACUCUCUGAUGACUGCUACGCUGGAGCUGGAGAUGUGCAGUGUGACGCCUGUACUGGAAGAAAAUACAGAGCCGUCAAGUCCUGUCUGGUGUGUCUGGAGUCUUACUGUCAAACUCAUUUUGAUCGUCACGAGGAGUUUCAUUCACGUAAACCACACAAAUUGACUGAAGCUACUGGACAACUGCAGGAGAUGAUCUGUCAGAAACAUGAGAAGCUCCUUGAGGUUUUCUGUCGCACUGAUCAGAAGUGUAUCUGUCUGCUGUGUACGAUGGAUGAACAUCAAAACCACAACACUGUAUCAGCUGCAGCACACAGGACAGAGAAACAGAAGCAGCUGAAGGAGACACAGAAGACGCUCCAGCAGAGAAUCCAGCAGAGAGAGAAAGAUCUCCAGCAGCUGAGAGAGACUGUGGAGUCUCAUAAGCGCUCUGCACAGACAGCAGUGGAGGACAGUGAGAAGAUCUUUACUGAGCUCAUCCGCUCCAUUGAGAGAAGCCGCUCUGAGCUGAUACGACUGAUCAGAGAUCAGGAAAAGACUGCAGUGAGUCGAGCUGAAGAACGACUGGAGCGACUGGAGCAGGAGAUCAAUGAUCUGAGGAGGAGAGACGCUGAGCUGGAGCAGCUUUCACACACACAGGAUCACAUCCAGUUCCUGCAGAGUUUCCAGUCUCUCUCAGCACCUCCUGAAUCUACAGACGUAAAUGAUGAUCUCUUCAGUUCUCUCUUCUCUUCUGAUGAUCUGAGAGAAUCUGUCCAUCGUCUGAGAGACAAACUGGAGGAUUUCUGCAAAGAGGAGCUCAAGAAGAUCUCAUACAGAGACACAUUCACCAACAUUGAUCCCAGAACCAGGAACGACUUCCUACAAUAUUCCCGUCAGCUCACUCCGGAUCUGAACACAUUGAAUAAACGCCUCCGUCUGUCUGAGAACAACAGAACGAUCACUAACACUAACAAAAAUCAGUCGUAUCCUGGUCAUCCAGACUCAUUUGAUCUGUGGCCUCAGGUGUUGUGUAGAGAGAGUGUGUGUGGACGCCGUUACUGGGAGAUUGAGUGGAGCGGAGGUGAUGGUGUGUGUAUAUCAGUGUCAUAUAAGAGCAUCAGCAGGAAGGGAGGUAUUGAGUGUAUGUUUGGAUCUAAUGAUCAGUCCUGGAGUUUGUUCUGCUCUUCCUCUAGUUACUCAUUCAUUCACAAUAACAUAAAGACUGAUCUCCCGAUAAAGUACAUCAUCAGUAGAAUAGGAGUGUUUGUGGAUCACAGAGCAGGAACUCUGUCCUUCUACAGCGUUUCUGACACAAUGAGCCUCAUCCACACAGUCCAGACCACAUUCACUCAGCCGCUCUAUCCUGGGUUUUGGGUUGGUUCUGGAUCAACAGUGAAAUUGUGCUGAUGAAUCAGAAUAGACUGACAAGAGAUUCUACCCAUAAUGCUUUGAGCUGCAUAAAUCCUCAUAUAGACAGUAAGAUCUCUCUCUGUGUGUGUGUGUGUGUGUGUGAGAGAGAGAGAGUCAGCUGAGUAACCAUGUGUUUCUAUUUUGGUUUGUGUUGAUUUAGUUUUAAAAGUAAUUCAUAAUUAUUUUAAUAUUAUUAUUAUUUUCAUUAAAAUUACCUUACCUCAAUUUUCGUUAUUCACCUCAUAGAGCAUAUUUUUAGGUAAUACCUUGUUAAUAAUUUGUGUUAAAACAUGUAAAUGACAUUACGUUUACAAAAUGCUAUAGUUCCUAUUAUACAACAUGCAAUUUCAUGACAUUUAAGGAAAAUGGUACUUGUACUUCUUGUGUGUGUGUGUGUGUGUGUGUGUGUGUGUGUGUUGAUAGUGCAGAGUGUUCAGUGAAACACACACCUGACCUACAUGAGGACGAGAGCCACAAACUGUCACAGGAAGGACCUGCAGGUGUUUAAGAGCAGCUGAAAAUAAUGUAUUUAUAUCAUCAAUAUAAACAACAGUGUUUGCCUUAUAGAUGCAUUUAUCAGAUUAGAGGCAGACAAUAAUAUGUUUACAGUUGUGAUGAUAUAAACAAUCCAGCAGCUGAGAUUUGUUAUACUUAUAUAAAGAGCUGGAUGAUAAUAUAGUUCAUUUUUGUGACAAUAAAUAAUAAGGUACUUUGCAA